AUGAGCCCUACCACUGGUAUCUGCCUAAGGCUCAUCGUACAAGCCGUCACACCCUCUGGCAAAUUCGAAGUUCCCCUCAAUGAUCAUGCCCACCAUGUCAGCAAACUCGCCAUAUGGCUGCUAACCCAUUCACCCUUCAAAGAAUGGAUUAUUUUCGAGUGGAUCAGAAAAUCAGUGUGGUUCGCACUGAAGCUAUUGUGGCCAAUCAUCCGGUUUAUCGUGGAAUAUUAUUCCAAUGGUAGUGGUGACUUUGAAGAUGAAACUGAUUCGUCAUAUAACACAGGAUACUACAAACCAUAUCUUCGCCAGUUUCAGGGUCAGCUAUGGGCAGCUUGUUCUCGCAUGGAGCAUUCAUCGUGCGUUAAAGAGGAAGCUGAUGUGAUUACCCAUACACAUGCCUGUUACCCUCGAGUUCUCAUGAUCCGCAACCCAAACAAGAAUGAGUGGGUUCGAUGCGUAGAUCGCGAUAUCAUCAUCCACACUAAAUACAUCGCCAUCUCUUACCGUGCAACCGACGUCUACUCUCGAGGCUUGGGUGAGAAGAAAGAAAAGGCACAGUUUAUAGAUGAUGUUCGUGCGGUGGUGCUCGGACAGCAAUUCAAUGCCUACUGGCUCGACUUGGAGUGUCUAGGGGAGACACCAUCAGAGGAGAAUCUGGAUGUGUAUUGCAUGUCAGACAUCUACCAAGCCCUCCUGAGCACUUGGCUUUGUUACAAGUUCCGGGAUCGGGAAGAGGUCGAGUCGUUGUCGUUGUUUCAGCUGGCUAACCUGGCAUAUACGAACUCCAAAGAUGAACAAGCAAUUAUCAAUGCAUACACUGGUGGGAAGGAUCCGCUUCAGAGGCUGGAGCACUUGACACUGUUGAAACAAGUCAUAUGGAGGCGCACUAUGGCAGGUUUCCCAACACUUUCUGGCCCUCCUCUCCCGCCAAAGUCAUACAUGGUAGGCGGGGGGUCUGUCACCAGCGAGGGGUAUAAGCCACACAAAGCAGACCAUGUGUAUGCGCUCAUGGGCUUUUUUGAGCACCACAUUCAGCCGAACCACGAUAAAGAUGAGUUAUGUGCACUCGCGAGGUUGUCAAUGGCCAAUGAUAGCGACCGCAUCGCGGAUCGCAUGGUGUCCAUGUUUCCCUCAACCACCACCCCAGGGGCAUGCUGGUACACUGACAAUGAUAUCUAUGACUCAAAUCUUUGGGAUAUUCUUCCAGAGAUCCAAGUCACUGGUGUAACAGAGAACGGAGCUCUCGUUUUGGAUGGCUGUCAGGCGGCAGCCAUCAGAUGGAAGGACUUCCCGGAUGUUCCAUUUGCAACUACAUUUUUGCUGAGGAAGAUUGUCAGUUCCAUACCGUAUUUCUCCUGGGUGUUCAUUGUCAUUGGCAAAUCUGGGUGUAUAGUCAACAAACAACCGUGGUUGAUCGGGGUCAAAGGAGUGAUUGAUAGAGAGACGGUAGAGAGUCACUUAUACGGGGGUACCAUUGCAAACUUCCCAAGGAUGUAUUUCACCCUGAGCGGUUCACUGUUAUCGAAGCCAGAACAAUUCGUGAGACAGAUAGGCUCAGACGAGCAAUACGAGGAUGCGAAGGAACACGCGAAGAGUGGACUGGGACAUAUGUUCACGCUCAUUGACACAUGCUCGUCAACCAUGUACUAUUUCCGUGCCGAGCGACUGCCGACGGUUUGCAUCUUCGCAGGACGGGAGGGAGGGCUUGGGAGAUUUGUGCUUUGUUCGGAGAGCUGCAAGGCCAAUGAACUGCAUAAGGAGAUGGUGUUGCAGAUGCCCACGGAGAUCAGUCAGAGGAUGGAGUUGUGUGGUUGGGUCGCGCUUGGAUGAGAUUGAUUUGUAUGAGGCCUGUGACCAUUCUAAGAAAUCAGGCUCCCCUAUGUCUCCCUAUAUAUCUC